CGUCAAGUUUGACGUAAGACUGUUAGGUUAGUUUUGCAAGCAUUUCAACUCGAUUUAGGCAUAAUGUCAACUUUGGAGUACUCCGAAGCUGAGGAAACUUGCAGAAAAUCACCACCAAAAAACGUCCACAACUGCCAACAGUGUCCCUAUUUUACAACUUCGUUCUUCUUUAUGGCGAACCACUUGAGACGCCACCGUUUCCCUUUGGAAAAAUUCACUUGCGACAACGCCAAAACCGAACUGUAUCACUGUAAAGACUGCGAUUUUAAAACCGACCUAACGCUCGAGUUCAAACAACACCUUAAUAAAAGUCACGGCUUUAAAAGCGAAUUGAGUGAGGACUUCAUGAUACGAAAUUACGUUUGCGACAAGUGCGACUUCGACACAAACUUCUUGUUAACGUGGCUUCAGCACUCUUUAGUUUGUACAGAGAAGAAAAAAUGGUACAAGUGUGACAACUGUCCUUACAAAACCAAAACGAAAAACUGGCUGAAAAAACACGUAUAUAAUUUACACUUGAGCGACGAAGACGUUAAGUGGCACCAAUGCGAUGAGUGUCCGUUCAAAACUAAGUACAAAAGGUCGUUGAAGGUGCACAUAAUCAGACGACAUUCAACCGAGGACAAAAUAAAGUGGUACGAAUGUGACAAGUGUCAAUUCAGAACUAAACAAGGCUGGAAUUUAAAAAGACACAUAAAACGUCGACAUUUGAACAGCGACAAAGUGAAGUGGCACGAAUGCGUCAAUUGCCCGUUCAAAACCGAACGACUGUCGAGUUUGAUAAGUCACAUGACGUAUCGGCAUGUGGGUGAAGACAACGUUAAGUGGUACGAAUGCGAACAGUGCCCGUUCAGGACUAAAUUUAGCUCGACGUUGAAGACGCACAUGAAGUUUAGGCAUUCGGAGAAGUCGAAUUGGUACGAAAGUGCGAAGGGGAUAAAAAUGAAUUCGGACACCGGAUUAUAUCAGUGUAAAUAUUGUCCAUACAUGGCGAAAUACAGCUACUAUGUGAAAAAUCAUACGAACAACCGCCACUUGGAAGCUCGGGAUGUUAAAUGGAACACAUGUGACCAGUGUCAAUUUCAAACUAAAUAUAAACACGUGCUGAAAGUGCACGUAAAUUGUAUACAUUUAGAUGAAGGAGACGCGGAAUGGUACGAGUGUGACGAAUGCCAGUUUAAAACCCGGAUAAAAAACACUUUGAAGAAACACAUUUAUGCGAUACACUUGAGGGAGGAAGAUGUUAAGUGGUACAAAUGUGAUCAGUGUGAAUAUAAAAGUAGGUACGUAAGGAAUUUAGGAAAUCAUAUUCGACAGACCCAUUUAGAUGAACAAGAAGGUCAGUGGUACAAGUGCGACCAUUGCCCAUUUAAAUCCAGAUUAAAAGGUAGUUUAACCGCCCACGUAAAGUAUUUACACUUGAACGAUGAAGACUCUAAAUGGUACGAAUGCGAUCAAUGCCCAUUCAAAACCAAGUACAAAGACUCGUUGAAGCUGCACAAAGCCAAACACUUAGACGAAGAAAAUAGUAGGUGGUACGAGUGUGGGAAUUGCCCAUUUAAAACUAAAGUUUUAUCGGUUUUUAAAAAACAUGUGGAUUGUCCAGGAAUUAGGUGGUACGAAUGCAAGGAGUGUCCCUACACAACUAAAUAUAAUUCGUAUUUAAAAGACCACGUGAAUAUUAAUCAUACACAGAAACCCGAGUGCUACGAAUGUGCCAACUGUUUGUAUAAAACUAACAGGAAAACUAAUAUAAAAAGACAUGUAAAAACCCAUCUCAAUGUGAAAUUGUAUCAGUGCGAUUUUUGUCCAUAUAAGGCGAAAUCCAAUGGUAAUUUAAAGCGCCAUUUAAUUAACCGCCAUCUGGAUAAUAAUAAAUAAAGAUAAAAAUGACAUGUGUAGCAUUUACUAUUAUC